AUGCAAGAGCAGGUGGAAAGAUCCUUUAAGGGGCCUAAAUCCCAAUUCCAGACUGACCAUCAAAUCCCAGUCGAACAUCACAAAAAGCCCGGCUUGCAGGAUGAAAUGGAAAACCCAAAACCUACGUCGACUCAACUCCCAACAGAGGACAGCGGUUACCAGACUUACAGAGCAGCCGGAAAGUUGACAGGAAAGAAUGCCAUUAUAACUGGCGGUGAUUCGGGAAUUGGACGCGCGGUUGCUAUUUUGUUUGCUAUGGAAGGCGCGUCUAGUUUGAUUACUUAUCUCCCUGAAGAAGAAAAAGAUGCACAGGAGACAAAACGUCGCGUGGAGGAAGCAGGUCAAAUUUGCUUAUGUCUAGCAACAGACCUACGGGAUAAGGAUAAUUGCAAAAGGGUGGUUGAAACGGCUGUUCACAACAUGGGCGGCGUUGACAUCUUGGUGAACAACGCUGGAACCCAAACAAUGCUCGACGACAUUAAAGACUUGGAGGAAGCCCAGUGGGAAAGCACAUUUGACACGAAUAUCCAUCCAGUCUUCUUCCUGUCAAAAUAUGCAAUGCCUUACCUGAAAAGUGGAUCGACGAUCAUCAACUGUGCAUCAGUCAAUCCUUAUAUCGGGCGUCCCGAUUUGAUUGACUAUACCUCAACGAAGGGUGCAAUCGUCGCAUUCACCAGAGCGCUUUCUAAUCAGCAAGUCAAGAAUGGGAUACGUGUAAACUGCGUGUGCCCUGGACCAGUCUGGACUCCACUGAUACCUGCAACAAUGACUACCUCGGCUAUGGAGCAAUUUAGUGCCACGCCGAUGGGUCGUCCGGGACAACCAAGUGAGGUGGCAACAUGUUUUGUGUUCCUGGCAAGCCAAGACAGUAGUUUUAUGUCUGGUCAAAGUUUGCAUCCUAACGGCGGAGUCGUUUUGAACGGAUGA